CCUGGACGCGGCGGCCGAGGCCGAGCAGGAGGGUAACGACCUAUUCAGGGAGUACCACCGCGGCUGCGCUCUCCGGUGCUGGUACAUGCAUGUGGUAGGCGCUGCAUGCUUUGUGGACAAGAGUGUCAGGUACGUCGACGUGGCCUACCUCCGCUAUUUCAUGGACCUGGAUACCGUUCACCAGUGGAACUGGGGGUCAGCUACUCUGGCAUAUCUCUACCAGAAGCUGAAUGAGGCCUCCAACUGGAGGACGAGGCAGUUGGUCGGAUCCUGCACACUGCUUACGAGCUGGAUCAUCUCCUACUUCUCCCGCAUCCACGGCUUUCACAUAGAUCCUGCGUACGUGGACGCCAUGCCCAGGGCCGCCAGAUACGCUCUCCAGAGGGGGAACGAUGCGGUGGGACCAUACCGUCUGUACUUGGACCGCACGAUGCACGACGACGUCACCUGGAGGCCGUUCGUCGACUACGCUCAGAUUGUCCCCUUUGACGGCAUUGCUCUAUAUUCAGGCUGGUUGGCAUGCGGGACCGGCAUCAUGGUUCGAUAUCUCCCUGAAUAA